UUGUUUCUUGAGCACGUUUUCGCAGGUAAUCUUGUGGACUUGUAUGAGCUCGAAGAAAGCGAUGACGAUGAGGGAACGAGUGUGUCACCGGCAAAGAAAGGAAAAGACGAGGACAUCUCCGAUGCACAAGAAGAGCAUCAAGAAAGUGAAGGAGAGGAUGAUAGCAGUGAUCGACCUAUUAAGCUAGAUCUUGCUCGUGGUGAAGGCAACGUAGAGUCGUCAUCUGAUGAGGAUUCGGAUUCCGACUGGGAAGCCAACGAGGAUAUCCAGUUAGAAAUCGAUUUGGCUCAUCUGGAUCAGGAUGCCGAACAAGUGGAAUGGUCUUCAAGGCGAAUUGCCGCUUGUAACCUGGACUGGAACCUCGUUCAUUGUGAAGAUUUGAUGGUGAUAGCGAAAUCGUUCACACCUCCAGGUGGUUCCAUACGAAGAAUAGCUAUAUAUCUGUCGGAUUUCGGAGCCGAGAGGCUUGCUGAAGAGGACAAAUAUGGACCGAGGCUGCAACUUAGCAAACCUAUAGAGGAAUACGAUGGUGAAGAGAUGGACGAAGAAACGAGGUUAGCAAUGCGAAAGUAUCAGGUGGACCAAUUGCGGUAUUAUUAUGCCGUAAUCGAAUGCGAUUCGGUGAAAACAGCAGAGGCGAUUUACAACGAAUGUGAUGGUUAUCAGUUCGAGUCGAGUAACGUCAAAAUGGAUCUCCGCUUCAUUCCAGAUGACAUGGAAUUUGAUAAAGAUCGAAUAAAAGAGGAACUGUGUGAAGGUGAUGUCAACGUUGCCAAGUACAAGUCCAAGGAAAAGCUUCAAUCGGCUAUUGCGCAGACGAGUGCGCGCAUUGGUUGGGACGAAACGGAAGAUAUGCGUGCGAGAAAAUUCGCUGAAGCUUUCAACGAUGAGGAAGGGGCCACAGAUCUGAUUGCGUGUUCGGAUUCGGACGAUGAUCCCGAUGUGGAGAAAAGGCGUCAGGCAUUGUUGUCGCUUCUCGGUAGCAAAGAAGAUGUAGACGGAUUAGAGGUCGAUUGGGACAAUCAUCGGGUCAACGGCGCGAGUGACGAUGAAGAGGAGAAAGAAGAGAGGAAAGUGACGACGACCAUUGACGAUGAGGAAGAGCCCGACGAAAAAGAAGUCAUUCGGAAAAUUGAGCCGAAAAAGAAAGAGAAGAACACCUAUCAAGCAUAUUUGGAACGGAAAAAGGCGAAGAAGGCGGAGCGAAAGCAAAAGUUGCGUGAAAUGCGAGAGAAACAACGGGAAGCGGCACAAGAGGCUGAAAAUCAAACUAAAGCCAAGCAGAAGGUGAGUGUGCAGAUCUUGCACUUCAUAUUGUAA